UACGCACAGUCGGUGUAUUGAGGGUAUGUGGAAAGUAGGAAUGUCGGAGGAGGUUGGAAAAGCGUUGCAAGCGGUGGUAGACAGGGUAAAUCAAGCCGCGGCACGUCGCCUCAAGACGUUGCCUGCGGUGCCGCCCCGCCUGGUAGCUGUAAGUAAGACGAAACCACCUGACAUGGUGAUCGAGGCUUACCGAAAAGGACAUCGCAACUUUGGUGAAAACUAUGUGAAUGAACUUGUGGAUAAAGCUUCAAAUCCUCAGAUUUUAGAAUCAUGCCCAGAAAUUGAGUGGCAUUUUAUUGGCCAUUUACAGAAGAACAAUGUCAACAAACUUUUGGGUGUACCAAACCUGUUUAUGGUGGAGACAGUGGACUCUGUCAAGUUGGCCGACAAGGUAAACAGCUCCUGGCAGCGGUUGAGAACAGUUAGCACGCAGACGUUAAAGAUCAUGGUUCAGAUCAACACCAGUGGGGAGGAAAGUAAACAUGGACUGCCUCCUGGUGAGACCGUGACCACAGUGAAACACAUUUUAUCCAAAUGCUCUGCCCUACACUUCUCCGGACUCAUGACCAUUGGUCGCUAUGGCUACGACCUAGCUGAUGGUCCUAACCCAGAUUUUCAGGCUUUGCUGAGUCGGCGACAGGAAGUGUGUACCAGUCUACAGCUCCCGCUUGAGGAUGUUGAGCUUAGUAUGGGCAUGUCCACUGACUUUGAACACGCGAUUGAGGUGGGUUCAACCAACGUGCGAGUGGGUAGUACUAUUUUUGGUAAUAGGGAUUAUCCCAACACUCCCAGUCCAGAGAAAAAGUCAAAGGUUCGGACAGAAGAGGCAGCUAAGAAGAUGGAGCGUCUCACUCUGACAGAACAGUGAUGUUUCUCCUUCCUACACUCACACAGGCUGAAAAGGAUUUAGUAUUUUAUGAGAUUUUCUGGAAAAAACAACAGCAAGCUUCCACAGUAUGUCUUAAUGAUGUCUUUGGUUGAUAUAGUACUUUUCUACAGAGCCCGUUCAUUUAUUUGAGCAUUUUUGGAUGGCGUUCGAUCUUUAAGUUGACAUUACAAACUUCUUCUCACAUUAGACAUAGAUUCUCAUUAAUCAAUUGAUGAUAUUGGAUAUAAGACGUUCCAGACCUCCCAUCUUGAUCUUGUGCCAACCCUAGGUUCAAUAGAUACCGUUUAACACGAUAACGUAAAUAGAGAUCAUUCGGAGAGUCAAGCGGAGAUCGAGUUUAUAUCUAAACAAGCAAAUGUUUUGAUGAUUUGAUAUUUUUACAACCUAGAAUGAACAUGUUCAAUAUCCCAGUGAUUGGGAAUCUUACAUUGGUAAAAUGUCCUAUUUUUCUUGCAAAAUACUUAUGUUUAUUAAAUCAUAUCCCCCCCUCCAUCAUGACAUAUUUUACAUUUUAGUCAUUUAGCAGACGCUCUUAUCCAGAGCGACUUAGUUAGUGAGUGCAUACAUAUGGUAUUGUGAGUAAAUUAAAUAGUUUUGUAUGGUGUCAAAUAUUUGAUGUUUUUUUAUAAUUGAUAAACAAAAUUACAAAACGGCAGGUAAAGAUCGAUUCAUACCAUAUGUUUACGUUGCAGUAUUUCAUUUUGUGUGAUGUCCGUGAUUCAUUUGGUCUGAAUUAUUUGUUGGUGCACUAAAAGAUUGAACAAUUAACCUAUGCAAAGAGGAAAUAGUUUAGUUUGUUCUGUUAUGAGAAUUUCUACCCUAUAGUUAUUAUGGAACAAUGAUGCUGUAGUUACCAUCAAUGUAAAACUAAAUCCAUAACUAAAGAUGAUAAUGCUUACAUUGUGAAUUGUAUUGCUAAACAUUCACUUAAACAAGAUACAGGGUUAUAGUUGAUAUUAAGGAAGCUGACGAGCAAUAAAAUAUUUAUUGAAAAUAACUGUUGUUAUAUUUUUUCCCUAUUCAGGAAAUGUAAAUGAAUGUUAUAUAAACAAAGAACCACAGAUGUGAAUCAAAUCCUUUUUCAAUUUUUAUUGAGUACAUUGAAAUGACAGCCAACCAAAAGUAAAACCCUUAAUAAUGACAAAUGAAGACCUUGUGACUUUAUUCCUCAUCAUACCACUACAGUAUUGUCAUUAAACAUUGUAUUCGCAGCUUACUGAUAUCUAGAUUGUAACCUAAACCUUGUUCAGUUUUGAAUAACUUCAUGGUAUUUUAUCAUGGGCAUUUUUUUUUUUUUU